UGUUGCUUUUCUUCUAAAACCCUAAUACUCGAGUUCCCCGCCAUAAGGCCACCUGAGGUCAUCUCAGGUGGUUGCGGCCCAGGUUGCGACGGUGAGGGUGUGGAUCAAGGAUCGUAACUAAUCGCAUAAUCCAUUCUCGUGGGACAGAGUUUUACAUUUAGGGAAAUCAACGAUGAAGAAAGACGUCAUGAAGAGCAUUUUCAAGCCGAAGCCCCGGUCGCCCACGGAUCUUGUGAGGCACGUUCGGGAACUUCUCAUCUUUGUCGAAACCAACAAGGAAGUCCGGGAAAGCAAGCGUGAAGAGAAGCUUACAGAAUUAGGUAAGACUAUCCUGGAGAUUAGAACUGUUCUGUUCGGGAAUGGGACUGCAGAGCCGAAUCCAGAUGCAUGUGUUCAGAUAACCCAGGAGUUUUUUAAGGAGGACACUUUCCGUCUUCUUGUCCUCGCUCUUCCAAAGCUGGACUUGGGGGGCCGUCUACAUUCUACUCAUGUGGUUGCAAAUUUGCAAAGGCAGCGAGUUAAUUCCCAGCUACUCGCUUCCCAGUAUCUGGAAAAGAACAUGAAUCUGAUGGAUAUUUUGAUACCUGGUUAUGGUGAAGGCGACAUUGCUUUGACUUAUGGUGCCAUUGCAAGAGAGUGCAUUCGCCAUCAGUGCGUAGCAAGGUAUGUCUUGGAAUCAGACCACAUGAGGAAGUUUUUCGGUUACAUUCAAACACCAAAUUUCGAAAUAGCAACAGAUGCCUUUUCGACCUUCAAAGAGCUUUUGACAAGGCAUAAAUCUACAGUUGCGGAGUUUCUUUCUAAAAAUUUCGACUGGUUUUUCCAAGAAUAUAGCUCUCAGUUACUGGAAUCUUCCAGCUACAUCACAAGACGACAAGGGAUCAAGUUAUUAGCAGAUAUGCUGUUGGAUCGCUCAAAUUCUGCUGUGAUGGUUCGGUACGUUAGCUCGUUGGAUAACUUGAGGAUCCUCAUGAAUCUUCUGAGGGACUCUAACAAGUCAAUCCAGCUCGAAACUUUCCACGCGUUCAAGUUAUUUGUUGCAAACCAAAACAAGCCUCCUGAGAUUGUCAGCAUACUUGUUACUAAUAAGACUAAGCUUUUGCGGUUGUUGGCAAAUAUAGAGAAAGAGGACGAGCAAUUCCAAGCAGACAAAGGGCAAAUCAUAAACGAGAUUGCAGCUCUUGGUCCCUAGCAGUUCAUGCAUGUCUUUGGAGAAUUGGGAAGUUCCAUGUUGAAUCUCUAGAUUCUUCAACUUUUUCUUUUCUUUUUCUUUUUUAAUUUUCUAUGUUUCCUACGCAUUUCCAUGCUCACAUGUGAUUCUUCCUGUGGUACGUAUACACCGAUCAGGAAGAAUUCAGUGCACACCAAUGUAAUUUUUUUUGGGUGCACUAAUGAGCAAAGAUUCAUUGAUAAUUCAAUAUUUCUUAUUGUUUAUCCACACCGCGUCGUCCAGAAAUCAUGUCAAGCAGGUUUUGAUAGUUUCAAAACUUUUAGAAAUUGAAAUAAAUUGACAAUUUCAAGCAAA